UGUCUGCAGAUACUAUCUACUAAUCCUCCUGCUGGGGCUCCCCUCUUUACUCAUUGUUAGGAUUUAUUAAGAAACUUUGACUGCUGGAGUUGAGGAGCUGGCUUUGAUUACAGGGCUUGUUCUCUGCUCGCAGUGCAUUGUGGGAGAGCCUCCAUCAGUUCUUUCCUCUCUGUAAACGCUGCAGUCGUCACAUCUUGUCAGAAUGAGGUCUCUGGCCCUCGGCCUCUUCUGCCUGCUGUGCUGUAACGCAGUUCGACUGGACAGACGGCGUCCCAGACCCAUCAUGGCCAGAGGUCGAAAUGAGACAACUGUCCACACCAAACCAUUGGAGAUCACCUGCAAAGCGAUCCCGCUGGAUUUCUUCUUUGUCAUUGAUAGCUCCAGAAGCAUCCGCCCCAACGAUUACGAGAAGGUCAAGACUUUCAUCAUCAACCUGCUGCAGUUCCUCGAGGUCGGCUCUGAUGCCACCCGGGUCGGUCUUCUACAGUACGGCAGCGUGGUCCAGCCCGAGUUCUCCCUCAAGACCUACACCACCAAGGCUGAGGUGAAGCAGGCGGUGAGGAGCAUGGAGCACCUCGCCACAGGGACAAUGACCGGUCUGGCCAUCCAGUACACCAUGGAGACAGCCUUUACAGAGGAAGAAGGAGCACGACCAGCACACAUGCACAUCCCACGAAUCGCCAUGGUUGUGACUGACGGGCGGCCUCAGGACACGGUGGAGGAGGUUGCGGCUCAGGCAAGGGAGGCCGGCAUCCAGAUCUUUGCUAUCGGUGUGGGCAGGGUGGACAUGAACACUCUGAAGGCCAUCGGGAGUGAGCCACACUCUGAGCAUGUGCACCUGGUGGCCAACUUCAGCCAGAUAGAGACCCUCAUCUCGGUGUUCCAGUCCAAACUGUGUGGAGUUUCAGAGAUGUGUGAGGAGGUGGACCAUCAGUGCCAGCACAUCUGUGUGAGCAGCCCUGCAUCAUACAGGUGCAAGUGCAGGAAAGGCUUCACCCUCAACCCCAACGGCAAGACAUGCAAAGAGAUUGAUCACUGUGCUGAUGGCACGCAUGGCUGUGAACAGGAGUUUAUGAGCAUAGAGGACUCCUGUGUGUGUAAAUGCAGAGAAGGUUACACCCUCAGGCCUGAUGGGAAAACAUGCAAAAAGAUCAAUCACUGUGCUGAUGGGAAACAUGGCUGUGAACAGGAGUUUAUGAAUACAGAAGAUGCCUGUGUGUGUAAAUGCAGGAAAGGCUACACACUCAGACCUGAUGGGAAAACAUGCAAGAAGAUAGACCACUGUGCUGAUGGGAAACAUGGCUGUGAACAGGACUUUAUGAAUACAGAAGAUUCAUGUGUGUGUAAAUGCAGAGAGGGCUACAUACUCAGAUCUGAUGGGAAAACAUGCAAGAAGAUCGAUCACUGUGCUGAUGGGAAACAUGGCUGUGAACAAGAGUUUAUGAAUACAGAAGAUGCCUGUGUGUGUAAAUGCAGGAAAGGCUACACACUCAGACCUGAUGGGAAAACAUGCAAGAAGAUGGAUCAUUGUGCUGAUGGGAAACACGGCUGUGAACAGGAGUUUAUGAAUACAGAAGAUGCCUGUGUGUGUAAAUGCAGGAAAGGCUUCAAACUCCGACCUGAUGGAAAAACAUGUCAAAGUCUGGAUCUGUGUCAGACAGUGGACCACGGCUGUGAACACGUGUGCGUCAGCACCACUGACUCCUACAUUUGCAGAUGUUUUGAAGGAUUUAUGUUAGCUGAAGAUGGGAAAAGCUGCAAAAAGCCAGAGUGUGGUGAUGGAGUCAUGGAUCUGGUUUUCAUAAUUGAUGGCUCUAAAAGUCUGGGCCCUGCCAACUUUGAACGAGUCAAGCAGUUUGUAAACAGCAUUGUGGACUCGCUGGACAUUUCCAGGACAGGGACACAUGUUGGCCUCCUUCAGUACUCCACCAAGGUACGCACAGAGUUCACCCUGGGCCAGUACACCACUGUGCGGAGCAUCAAACAGGCUGUGUCCCAGAUGCAGUACAUGGGGAGAGGCUCCAUGACCGGCUCAGCCUUACGUCACAUGUUUGAGUCCAGCUUUUCAGCCAAAGAAGGAGCCAGGCCGAACAUCCCACGUGUCUGCAUCGUGUUUACUGAUGGAAGGUCGCAGGAUGAUGUGUCCGAAUGGGCCGAUAAAGCAAAGAACUCUGGGGUCACAAUUUAUGCCUUUGGUGUUGGCAAAGCCAUUGAGCAGGAGCUGAGAGAAAUAGCUUCAGAGCCUGAUGAGAAGCACCUUUAUUACGCCGAAAAUUUUGAGAAAAUGGGAGAAAUUACAAAGAAGCUCAAGUCCAGGAUGAUAUGUAAAGAAAAACCAUCCAGUGAAAUGUGCCAGUGUGAGAACGUGAUAACAUUUCAAAACCAGGUCACUGAAAAGCUGAAGCACCUGACGCAGAAUAUUGAAGCCAUCUCAAAGAAGCUGGAGACCCUCGAGAACCAACUUGUGCUCAAAUGAAAGGCUGAGAUUUAUAACCCUCAGUGUGGCAUUCAAAGGAUCCCUGUCAUCCUGCUCUACAGGCUCCACUGAGACAUAUGCAAUGCUUUCUACUGAAGCUAUUUAUAUACUUUUUGUAUACAAAACAAUGUAUUUUUGUCUGUAAUAUUUGUUACAUAAUGCC